AUGUCGUCGUCGUCGAGUCCUUUCAAGGAAAUCCAAAUACAGCACCAAAAACAAUACAACAACAUUAAUUCCUUUCCUUUCCCUUCCAUUCUCUCUUCGAAUCCCUUCUCUUCUUCUACUCCCUCCUUCUUCACCGAUUCUAUUAAAGCCCAGAAACCCUACUUGGACUCUUUGCUGCUGAAAUCAGGAGCUAUUCUAUUUAGAGGGUUUGAUAUAAACACCGCCAAGGAUUUCAAUGACGUUGUAGAAGCGUUUGGAUUCGAGGAAUUGCCUUACGUUGGUGGGGCAGCACCCAGGACCAACGUUGUUGGUCGUGUCUUCACUGCUAAUGAGUCCCCACCUGACCAGAAGAUAUCCUUUCACCAUGAAAUGGCUCAGGUUCCUGAAUUCCCAUCAAAACUGUUCUUCUUUUGUGAAGUGGAGCCAGGAAGUGGGGGAGAGACUCCUAUAGUUCUUAGCCAUGUUGUCUAUGAAAAAAUGAAAGAGAGGUAUCCAGAUUUUGUUGAAAAAUUAGAGGAGCAUGGCUUGAUUUAUACUCGAGUUUUGGGUGAAGAAGAUGAUCCUUCUUCUCCGAUUGGGCGUGGAUGGAAGUCCACAUUUCUGACUGAUGACAAGAGCGUGGCAGAGCAAAGGGCUGCUAAGCUUGGAAUGACGUUGGAAUGGUUGGAAGAUGGAGUGAAAUCAAUCAUGGGUCCAAUACCAGCUAUCAAAUAUGAUAAGUCAAGAAAUCGUAAAAUCUGGUUCAAUAGUAUGGUGGCAGCCUACACUGGGUGGAAAGAUGUGCGAAAUGAUCCUGUAAAAGCAGUCACAUUUGGUGAUGGCAGACCAUUGCCAAGUGAUAUCGUUCAUGACUGUUUGAAAAUCCUUGAAGAGGAAAGCGUCGCCAUUCCUUGGCAGAAAGGUGAUGUUCUGUUGAUAGAUAAUUGGGCUGUUCUUCAUGCCCGAAGAUCAUUCAAGCCACCUCGUCGAAUCCUAGCUUCACUUUGCAAGUAG